AUGCGCUUGGAGCCGCUGGCCCUGGCGGCUGCGGCCGCGGCCUUUGUCAUCGUGCCCAAGCUUUCCGACGCCGAGGAGGCCCUGUUCAAGGCGCUUCCUGUGCCCGACGACGCUGCUGCUGCUGCUGCUGCUGGUUUGGCCGCGCCCCGCCUCGUAUCUGUGCCGUGCAAGCAGUGCGCAGGCAGAGACGGCAGGCUGCAGCUCAAGGUCGGCGUCGUCGACGACGCGAGGCUGCUCGUCAAUGGGUUCCAGGUAUACCCCGACGCGGCGGAUGCUUGGCACGGCGGCUUCUUGUCCGCCGUGGUGGAAGCGGCCGACCGCGAGGCGCGCGAGGAGCGGCUGGGCUACGCCUUGACCGUUGCGCCGGAAGAGGUGGGCAGGGGCGGAGACGGCUCGUCGCCGGUUCGGCUUCUCCGCGUUGAGCUGAGGGUGGUGGAGGUCGGGGGUCGGUUUGUCGACGGCGUGCCGGCCGUCCGGGUGAAGCUGCUCAAGGCUCCCUCGGGCGAGAUUGCCGUCGUGGGCGUGGAGACGAUUGCCACGGCGGGUUCGGGGUGCCGGUCGCCGGCCUGUUUCGUCAAGGCAGUCUUGGCUGAUGCUUUCAAAUCGGUCAAGGGGCUGCGGCCGUUCAAGAGCUGCCACGGCCGCUUAUCACACGGCCUACCAUUUCACGGCCUGCCGUCUCACGGCCUCCCAUCUCACGGCCUGGCCAGGCCUCAGCACGAAGCGCAUCCAAACCACCCUCAGGCGCCAGCACACGACCCGGCCAAGGCGCCGUUCCUUUCCAAAGGCCGGCCUCACGCCCACCACUACCCCGAACACGGCCACGAGUGGGGGCGACUUAUAACCAACGUCACGCAGGUCCUUUUGCCCAUUCUCAUCGGCAUCACUGCCGGCGUCGGCGUGGCUCUGCUUGCCAUGGCCAUCUGCGGCUGCUUCUUUCGACUCUCGGCCGCGAUGCGUGGCGACGGCGAGGCCGGGGCUGCUUCAUGCCCGGGCAGCGAACGACGGGCCGCGCCAACUGCGCACGAGGAGGCGUUGGCUGCUGAAAAGGUUGGGCUGACGCGGCAAGACGCGGAGGUUGCUCCGUACAAGGACGAAGCCAGAGGGGAUGAGGAAUGA